AUGAUGUUUCUACUCCUCUACUUCCUUCUCUUGAUUGCUUCAAUUCAAACUUGUCCAUUGAAAACAGUCGAUAUUCGUUCGGGAUGUUACUGCGGGAUCGAAAUCGACGGAAUGAAUUAUAUCCAAUGUCAUCCAUAUACAAUCAACAAAAUGCCUGAAUUUACUCGUUCGUAUGUUCACGAUAAAUUGAACCUGUCGAACAAUUUAAUCGAGCAUUUAACCAACAAAUCCUUUCACCAAUUGAAAGUCAAACGUAUUUAUCUGGAAAAUAAUCCAAUCAACUUCAUUGAUAAGCAAACAUUCAACCAGAACAAUCUCCUUCAUUAUCUCGAAGAACUUCAUAUCGAUUCAUUCAAUCAAUCGAUCGAAUUUCUCUGCUAUGGUAUAUGGAAAAAUCUUCGGAUAUUGAAACUAUCUGGUUUCAAUCUCAAUCAAUUUCAAUCUUGCUUCGAUAAACUGUUUCGCUUAGAAAAAUUAGUCAUUCAACAUUCGCAAAUCAAUAUCAUCUCCUACCAUAUCUAUUCACUUCCGUUUCUCCAUGAACUGUCCGUCACUCACGAUUCAAUUCAGUAUUUAAACUUCGAUGAACAUUAUCUUACACAUUCAUCGUCGAUUCGAGUAUUAAACUUAACAUCGAACCAGCUCCGAUCGAUACCUAAUGAUGUCAAUCUUCGCCUACCUCAUUUAGUCACUUUAGAUCUUUCGCAUAAUCUUAUAGAACAAAUACCAAGUAUCAAUCAAAUGACGACAUUAAACGUGAAUUUAAGUUUUAAUUCAAUUAGUUAUGUUCAGUUAAAUCUCUAUCAACAUUUAAUUCUUGACCUGUCUACAAAUCCGAUCUGUACCAUGGACAAAUUGGCUGAUAUCUCGAAUAUUAUCUUGCAUAAUUUAACGCAUAUGCAUUGUGACUGUCGACUGGGAUUCAUUUUAAACGAAAAUCUCACACGUCUUAUAGGAAACGAAACGAAAUGUUUAACACCGACAAAAUUUCAAGGAUUGUAUGUUCAAGAUUUGACUUAUGAACAACUGAUGGGUACAUGCUCAAGCGUAUUACCAAAGUACUGUAAAGAAAUUAGAAAUUUUGCUGAAAUUCAAGACUUCGCAAGUAGUUUCACCGAAAUGACUCCAUUUGUUGAAGUUACGGAAAAGCUCACUACUGAACAGGUCUCAUCGAUUCGUUUGGUAUCAUUUCAUACGCACUAUGAAAAUAACGAUCUGUUAAUCUUCUGGGAUUUCGAUGUUAGUUCAUCGACGAAAGAUGUUCUAACAGCGCAAUUUCAAAUUAUUAUUGAGCAAGAUUCGGAAGUCAUCCGACGAAGUCAAUUUAUUUCACCUUACCUCAAACAAUACAUUAUACCUCAUUUACCAGCAAAUAAAAAUUAUUAUGUAUGUUUGAUCCUAACAAGAACAUUCUAUGGAACGGACAAAUACUGUCGACAAGCGAAUACCUCAACUUCUCAGACAUUCUCACAAAUGCUAUUCGCCAACCGAUCAAUCAUAUUCGGUUUUCUCACUGGCACCAUCCUCACUGCUUGUCUACUAGUUACCUUAGCAUUCAUUUGUCAUCUGCAAUACAAACGAAAACAUUCACUUACAUUAUUUCCAACCCAUCGGCAACAACCACAUUAUAUGUACAUCAAUCGUAACGAAGACGAUGGAACUUAUUCACAUUCGAUUGUCUCUGCUCCAUCGCCGAAAUACUCUCAUAUGAAAAAAAGUCAUUCACGUCGUACAUAUCUCGCACCAGUACCACCAUGGUAUCAACAUGACUCGAAACAUCUAUCGACAGCGGCGCGUUCGCCUUGCUGCUUUUCGCAGUAUCACAAUCGAACAUUGAGCGACUGUACGACCACUAAUCGCAUGCCAAGUGUUUCAUCUGAAUACAGUAAUGGAAUCGAUAAAGAACAGAUGACAUCAACAUCAAUUAUGAGCAAUAUGAGUUCAGAUGAACAACAUAGUAACAUUAUUCAAAGUCCAGCAAAACAUGUCUAUGAAGAACUUGGUGAUGAUAGUUUACUUCUUUAG